GCUUUGUUUUGACAUCGAGGCAUACUGUUUGGGUCCCAACUCGCCAAUCUGUCAGGAUUUGCGCGACUCGAAGACGUUCUGCCUGGGCCUUUUUGCUGAUUGCGCCGUCAGUGUUGAUGCGCGGAUUUCAACUGAGCUUUCAGGGUUGGGCCCAACCUUGAUCUCUUUGACCCGGUGA